AAACAGCGUCUGUCACUGUUGACACUGAUCCACCAGAAGUCACUAUUCAUCAGCUUAAGAAUAAGAAUCUUCCUGGAAGGUCAAAACGUUUGGAUGAUCGCCGACUCCCUGUCGACAUUUUGUUACUAACGGUGGAAGAUUGGGAAUUUCUGAGCUGUCUUUCAUAUUUGAAUCCUGGUUUCGGUAAGUUUUGCCACAGCGAACUUGGCUUCGUGUACCUUGGAGAUAUGGGAGACGACAUGAAGCUUAACAUCGCUGUCAUUAAGUGCGGUAAAGGAGCUUCUGUACUUGCUGUAGAAAAUGCUGUCAAAGUCUUGGGUCCGAAAGCAGUGUUUGCUGUGGGUUCUUGUAGUGGCUUAGACUGUAACAAAGCUAAACUUGGGGACGUAGUAGUUUUAGAUAAGUUAAUAACAUAUGGUCCUUCCAAAGUCACGGAGAAUGGCAUUGAAGAACUUGGUGUUAAAGUUCCAUUGAAGCCUCGUCUUUCAAAAUUGACAACAACUGCUGGUGGUGGCUGGGAGCCUCCUUUGAAAGAUGCAAGCGGACUUGAGGUGGAAAUACAUCGCGGCGCCUUUUUGAGUGGACCAGAAGUAGUUGAAAGUCGCGAGCGAUGUCGCGCCCUCAUCGAACGAUUUCGAGGAGCAGUUGCUAUAGAAGGAGAAGGUGAAGGUACGUCUCUUGUCCGAUUCACAUGGUUAACAGAGUCUUCAGGAAUUCAAUUAUUGAACUGAAAAAUUAUUACUGUUAUUUAGCAAUUAAUGAAUGAGGCUGAGUAGGAUAUCAGGGAUUCAUAUCUUCGGCCUCGGCGGAUAACACCCUCCGAGAUCUGCUUAAUUCUUCAUAUCCUACGAAAGCCGAAUUCAUUAACUGUUUUAUGAUUCAUUCAAAAUAACUCCUAGUAUAAAAAAAAAGCUAAAACAUGCUCAACUGGAUCGAUGUUAAGUUCAUCUUUGACAGUGUACCUUUAGGUUUGUCCAGCUCCGCAAGUAUUCUCCAAAUAGCAGAUGUCACCCUCCGAGUUGUCUUCUUGCUUUUUGUGCCAUGUUUGUAGCUAUUAUUUCGCCGAGUUUCAGCUGUAGUUCUUACUCUUGAAACGAGCGAAAUGUCCGCCAACAACUUAACCUCGUCCCCAGGUCAUCUCGGUUAACGGUGCCUUAACCUGUAGCGGGCUGCAUUUUUGACGUCAUUUCCUCGUUAAACACAAAAUUCUUCCAAAUUUGGUCAUCAGUAACUGGUCAGGGUGAAUUAUGCGUGUGCUUUUAGCCAGUCAGAAUUGGGGAAAUAGUUUGAAUGAAUAAUAAAAUUAUUUAUUGUUACAUCUAUCACUAUCAUUAGUACACAUAUGCACUGAUCACCAUAUUUUCUCGUCCUUGUUGUUUAUUUCAAACUUGACUUGGUGAACCGGGCAUUUGUUUGAAUUUACAGACCAUAAAGACCUGUUGGUUUUCAAGAAAGGGCUUUUUAUGCCAUUUUCUUGACAGCUGGCUACCUUGCCUCUAAAUCUUUGGGUUAUUAACCACAAAUAACGGUCUCUUUUUUUAAAAAAGACCCGCCGUUUCAUCGAUAAAUACGGUACUGGGUUGUUUGACGUCAUGGCCUUCUGUAGGGCGUCCACAUGAGUCAGCUCUUAACUCCAUUUCUGUCCUUCCUCCAUCCCAAAAAAUUCAUAUUUAGGUGUGUAUGCAGCAGCGCAUGACCUAGACAUUGAGUGGAUCGUAAUUAAAGGAAUUUCAGGCUUCGCGGAUGGCACAAAAGUUAAGGAUUCGUGGAGAACAUUCGCGAGUUUAAUGGCGGCUUCCCUUACAGCUCACAUUCUCAGUGACACCAUUGCUUUUCAGGACUUGCCACACUAUGGAAGUGCAAGUGAGUAUUGGGACAUUCAGGAAACAUUCACGUUAUAUUUUCCCAUACCAUCUCCUGGUCUUUUCAUAAACAAAUAAAAUUAAAUAAAGAAAUAAGCUCUUUAUUAAUUCCAAAAACAAACGUUCCGGAUUACGAUUGACUAUUAGGUAAAAUUGACAGGUAACCUUUCAAUAAAACAGCGUUUAAAACGUGCAGUCCUAAAUUUAAGGAAGCACAUAGGAAUGACUUUCAUUCUUUAGCAAUAGACCUUUUUACUGAUAGGGCGGCCAUAUUGAAUUAAUUCGAUUUAAGGAGUAUUAUAGGAUGCCCAGGGGGGGCAUGAGCACAUUUCGUUUGUAUUUUUGAGAGCUCUUCGGGACAUUUUUUCUUAGAAUAAGAUUGUAAUGAGAGAGACGAUCCUCGUUCCGUGUUUGGAUGUAAUAAUGAUCGCCUUUUUCUAAGUUUAGUAUUAGAAAUAUGGUCUUUCACUGUAUAUUUCUCGGGAAAAAGGCGAUCAUUAUUACAUCCAAACACGGCGCAGGGAUCUUUUUUCCCAUUACAAUCUUAUUCUAAGAAAAAUUCAAGAAAAAAAUGUCCCGAAAAGCGCUCGAAAAUACAAACGAAAUGUGCUCAUGCCCCCUGGGCAUCCUAUAAUACUCCUUAAAUCGAACUGAUUCAACAUGACCGCCGUAUCGGUAAAAAGGUCAAUUUUUUUUUACCGUGGGGGAGAUCCGCCUAAGGGCCCUCAGUUGAAUUUCUGACGCUCUUCCACAACUUACUAUUUGAGGCCUCUAGAAGGCUUAAAACGGGCGUGGCCUCCUUGGGAAAGUUAAAACGAACUGCUCUCUCUCGAAACUUAUCAAUUUUAGAAAGAACUUAUCAUAACUCGCAACACCCCAUACUUAAAAAGAGCAUUAAUCAGACCAUGGAAAAGAUGGUGUUAAGAGUCUAGACUAUAGCCAUUCUUCUUGCACACUCGUAAUAUGCGCAUAGGCCUUCCCGCUUUGCUGAGAAGAGCAUCGAUUUGCUUUUCCCAGUCUGUAGGAUUACUGUAAAAGUAAACGCCUAGAAGCUUAAGAAAUACUUCCUGUUUAAUAUCAAAAGUAACAGUAACAGUCUUUCACCUUUACCCUUAACAAUCAUCUCCUUGGUUUUAGUAAGGUUUAUUGUCAUAAUGUUAUUCUGCGUCCAACUUAGUAUGUUUUCCACUUCUUGGGGAGUUUGGCCGUGGGUUUCCUUAAUCAAAACACUUGAGUCAUCUGCAAACUUAACCAUAGUGGAUCUGUCAGAAUCAGCAGCUUGUAUAUCAUUCAACAUUAAAGAAAACAGAAUAGGCCCUAGUAUAGUUCCCUGAUGUAUACCCCUGUUUGUAGGCAACAAAGGGACCAUGUUACCAUCAGCUAUUACUCUUUGUUGGCUCCUAAAUAAAAAAAUAAUAGCAAUCCAAUGUAGGGAUUGAUGGGCAAUUCCCUGAACUAGUGAAAUAAAAUGGAGUGAUUAGCUGAAUCGAAGGCCUUAGAGAAAUCAAAGGCAAAAACCCUAGCACAAUCUGCUUCUCUGGUGUCGAGCCAUUUAAGCCACAUAUGUUGGCUUUUAAUGAGAGCUAGUGUUGGUGCCUUCCCUAGUGUUGGUGCUUUCCCUAUAUGCAAAUUGGUCCGAAGAUACACAAGAUACACAAUUAAAGGACUAAUAAGGAGCCAGGCAUCCUUUGGUAAUCUCUUCCUACUGCAUUACUUGUGGUUGUGAACGUCAUCUUUCACAAUUGUCACCUGGCACCUAAGUCGGAUUGGGAGUAAGGAUCUAGUACUGAAUUUUAAGGUAUAUUACAGGAAGGCAGUUUUUUGGUUCUUUUAAGCCUGUUAGUUUAAUCUUGUUAUAAAGAAAACCGCCCUGAAUGCCUUGUCGCAGCUACGGCCUGAGUAUGAUAGAUGACGUUUAUAUAUCACAGCUAAUGCAGAAGGAACAGAAUUUCAAUUUGAAACAGGCCCUUUGUUACACCUUAAAAUGGUGAAUUCACCAACAAGCCCAAAGUUAGAUUAGAAAUUAAUCCGACAAUUUCGCUUGCAUAACUUCAAAAGGUAUUUUGUUACAAAUUCUCCGACCACUCCUAGAAAAAGUAUAAGAAUAGUUCAUUAAGCUUAGAUCUCUGGACUUAGCUUGGCUACUGAUUCCUGCAUUUCUGUUUGCAUCGAAGUAAUCGAAAGGUAGAAAGAUUCGGAAGAAAAAUUUAUUAAAAAUAAGAAAACGAACAAAGCUCAAAAAGACGCAUCCUUCUUGAUCAGCACACCGCUGUGUGUUAUCGACACAGGAGACCCAAGGGCCUUAAAAGCAGCGAGUCCGCAAGUUUAUUUUUUACACGUCACUAGUUCCCAGCAACCUCGCAUACUGCUUGCAGCUGUCGUGGGCCCCUCAGGCUCUCAAUCUUAUCCUUGACAUUGACAGAAUUUAGCGGAGAGCGACUAAAUUAAUUUUGUCUUAGCCGUACUGGACCGACGUUGCUUACAAGAAGAGGCUUUUGAAAACUGGGCCACUUCCACUUUGUUAUUGGCACGAAUUCUUAGAUCUGGUGUACGUCUUCAAAUGCCUAGUUGGUUUGUCGGAUCCUUUAAUUUCAGUAAUGAAUCCCACUGUAACCAGGAGCACUGACUCCUCUGAAGGUACUCUGUUGACUACGGUUAGGAACAGAACAGUUUUUACGCAGAGCCCAAGAACCUGGAAAACUUUACCAUUCCAUCCUCGGAACAGAAACUGUUCAGUUGUAAAGAACGUUUUUAUUACUCGUUGUAUCUCGCUGAGACUGUUUAUGAUGUCAACAACCCCCAAAGAGUGUGUAUAUCAAUUGCACACACACUAGUCGGCUAUUGUCCAGCUUGCUUGGUCGCUGGAAUGUGUUGUUGUUUUUCCCUGAUCCUAUAUGUUAAUGUUUGAUAAUCUACACUUCGUAGUGGUUCCUUUUCUGUGAGUGUUGCAGUUCUUCUGGAAAAGUUUGUAAAUAAAUAAGAAAACAUUGAAAAACUGUAUAAGUUGCUGCAACCACGCCGAAUUAAUACGGCGUCGUGUGUAAUUCCAAUGUAUAUAACUUUAUAUUUGCUUGUCCUCAAAAGGUAAAGAAAAGAACAAGGAGGACAAUUCCGGCAUGAUGAGCGGUAACCAAGUAAGACACAAAGAGAGCGAUACCCAGCCACCUCAUGGUGAGGAUUAGCAGUUAAAAUGGUCUAUAUUUGUUACAAAAUUCAAGCAUAAUUCAUUCAUGUUAAGCAGGGUCGAGAAAUGUUGUCAGUCCUGGUACGAUUUUCAGUGUGGUAGAUGUCGAAAAAAGAAAAACAGGGCAUGAAGAAAAACUGAACGUAAGUGAUUACAAAGGGGGGUUAUCAGUUUGACUGACGGUAAAAUGUCUCUGUCCUUCGCAGAGGCCUCUUUGUGUCGUUGGGAGGCUAGGGAGAGUGAAGAAAAGAAAGCGUGCGGAGGAUGAUGGGAGGCUCUCUUCCCUAUUCCUAUCGUCCCUCGCGCGAUUGCUAUUUUUUGAUCAUUGCUAUUUUUACUGGAGUGCCGUGCGGGAGCCUGUGCGGAGGAGAGAGGUACAAAAAAUAAUUUUUGUUAUGCGAUAAUCAAAUCUGGUUUCCUUUUUUGGAUGCCAGAGUAAUAAAAAAGAGAGGCAUAGAAACUCGUAUUGAACCUGUACGACACUCAGUGUAUUUUUUAGGUUCAAAGUGAAUACUGUUGCUCCUUUCAUUCGCAGGUGGGGUCAUUUACGAUGCCCUUCAGCGAAUAUGCAAGAUGGAAGCAUAUAGAGAUGCCGGCAAAACUGAUCCUUUGCUGAGUUUGAAGAAAAUUGCUUAUGAAAAAGGCUUUGAAAUAUCCCACAAUCAAGGAGAAGGAAAUUGCAUGUUUUUUGCAAUCUCAGAACAGCUGGAGCUCAUAAAAGGAGUGAAACUCUCUCAUAAAAAACUAAGGAAGAAAGUUGUCCGUUACCUGAAGGAGAAUCCUACACUGGUUAGUAGUGUCCUAGUGAAGGAUAAUUUAUAACCCUACGAUCAGGUGUUUUUAUAAUAAUAAUAAUAAUUAUUAUUAUUAUUAUUAUUAUUAUUAUUAUUAUUAUUAUUAUUAUUAUUAUUAUUACUAUUGUUAUUGUUCUUUUUUAUUUCCAUUUACUUAUUCCUUUUUUUGAGAAGAGAAGGAAAAAAAGAACUCCUGAUACAUUUUUUUUACUUCUUCCAAUGUUUUUGUACUCGAGGAAGUCACCAAACGUAAGAUGCGUACUGAUAAGGGGAGUGUGACAGGAAUUGUCUUUUCAAAAACAAAAAUAAGAAAAUGCAGUAUUUUAAAUUGUGUUUAUGUUUCCUAUGUUCCUUUACAUAUCAAGUGAUGUUCAUGGGGGCGGAGUCUUGCUUCAAGUGAGCUCUGUUUGCUAGGACACAAUCAACAAAUUCAUUAUGGAAUGAAUUUAGCCACAGGAGUGGCCUUUUAUAUAAUUAGAGCGUAGAACCCAAUGGAAAAACUUAGAUACACCAGAACCUUAUCCCAGCAAAGCUGAGGACAGAACCACUAUCAUUUAAGGAACAAACACAACUAGAGGGAACGGAGGGAAGAUGUUCCCCCGUUUUUACUUCUUGAGCAAGGAGACGUCGUUCCUCGCUUUCAAGAAAUAAGUAGAUAAAAAUGGGAAAAUUAGAGGAGCAUAUACUGAUAAUGGGUGUGUCAACACUCUCUUGAAUAAAUAAAACAUUUGAAACAGUAUUUUUCUUGUUAUAGCCGGAUGGGACCGAACUAUUCCAUUUUGUUGAGGGACAUCCAUCUUGGGAUGCCUACCUCCAAAGUAUGAAGGCCGAUGGUACAUGGGGUGAUCACGUGAUUCUCCAUGGUGCGGCAAACUGCUUUGAUACCUGCAUUCACGUGAUCAGCAGUCAUCAUCGUGAUGUACUGAUUAACCCAGAACGUGAAGAUGCCGACCGUGACCGGCUUGUACUGGGACACUUAUGUGAGCUUCACUAUGUUAGCCUUAUUCCAUGCAAAUCACCUAAAGGUAAUUCACCUCUUGCCUUCUAAUGUUAGAUUUAAAAAGACACUUUAACAAAUAGAAGUUGUUGUUUUGAAGUGGCAGUAUGUUAUGUCAAAUUUUUGCCGCCUGUCGGAAGCCUUCGUUCUAGUCAUUUAUUUAGUAACAACCUGUGCAGAAGGAACAUAUCUCCACAGCGUUCCGAGCCCUUUUGCUAAAACUUAUGAUUUUAUUUUCGUCAACAAGCCCAAAAAUAGAACAGAAGUAAAUCUGUCAAGCAAACUACAAAAACUUGGUUUUCCCAUUGUCACACUUUGUUUUCUCCUUUUAAAAAACUCGCUGUCUUAUAUUAUCGGGUUUAAAAACUCUCUGCGUCGCCUCGAAUUUCUAUCCUGAUAAUACAAGACUGCGAGUUUUUUGAACGGCUUCAAAAUCUCUGAUAUAGAUCAACUCAUUCUUGCACUAAUAUUUAGAUUUGGGGUUAUUUUGGUUUAAAAAAUUAGACGUAAAGUUUAGUCGUGUCUUUAUCAGAUAUAAAGACACUCAUUAAACAUUUAUUUCUUUUGUUUUUUGUUAUGAAUUAUUAAUCGAUUUUUGAAUUUUCAUCUCGCGACAUAUUAAAGCAAACGACUCAUAAAAAACAACUGUAGGUUAUUAAUACAUUAUUACUUUUUAAACGUAGGUACAACAAAGCGCCAGAAACGCAGAUUACAAACGGAUGAAGAUGAUGCCCAUUUGGAUUGGGGUAAGGAUCAAGUGAUGAUUUUUGCUAUCAGAAAAACAGGUUCUUUGUAAUGUUAAGCCUGUUAGUUUAAUCUGUUAAUAGUUUAACCGUCCUGAACGCCCUGCUGCAGCCACGUCCGGAGGACCACCGGCGUUUCACUCAGCGUGAGAGAUGAAGUUCCUAAAUAACAAGUGAGGUCAGUGAGAUACGGCCCCGACGAACCGUUAAAAAACACUGUAAUUGCUGCAAUUUCGCUCUCAUUGUGCGGCGCCGCAGUUGUCCCUUUCGAAAACGGUCGAUGCCAUUUUUAAGACACUUAGAACACUUUUACAUGUUAUUGAGAGUGUUUCUAUUAAAAGAAAGAAAGAAAAACAAAGAAAAUCGCAAGCCAGGGUGAAACCCAGAUCUCGAACCCGGACCUUCCGUAGAGCUGGUAGAGGGUCUGAAUGGGGGUACAUCGAUAACACUAAACACUUCAUCUUUUGUUUUGUAACAUGAAACUGUUAAAUUUUAAGCAUUUUAACACUAACAGUAAAAAUUUUUGAAACGGUAAGUUUUUUUUCAGAAAGAAAAAAAAAAACGGGUCCAAAAAGGCCAAUAUUAUUUUGUUUAGUAUAUCAAGGAGUUUUCGGCCAUUUUACGACAAUUUAUUUCAGAUUUCCGAAGGCUGCUGAAGAUUCCCGAAGACUGCCGAAGUUUUUCGAAGACUAACGAAGUGGUCCGACCAUUGCCGAAGAUGUCCGAAGAACCCUCAAACACUUAACAGUACUUUCUUCGGAAACAGCAAACAUUAAAAAAUGUCCAAUUUAACAGCAAACACUAAAAAUUAUGUGCAAAUAGCACUAAACACUAAACCCAAUUCAGACCCUCUCCGUAUCCCAAAAUUCCAAAACAUUAAAGUACAUACACUAGCAAACUGUCUUUCGUAACUGUUGCAUUAAUAACAGGUAACCUUAGCCCUUUCCGUAACUUUUAGGAAAAUUCAACUUGGGCUUCCACGGCGUUCUUCUAACACUAUUCUAAAACGUAUUCUCUGCUUUAUUGUAACUUAUCCAGGGAAUAUAUUACAUCUAUCAUGACCAAUGGUGGCGUCGACCGUUAAAAAUAGCAAAGACCGUUUACGAAAGGAAAAUAGGCUACGGCGUCGUGUGAAUUCCAAUGUUUAUAGCAAACGUUUGUUAUCUUUUAUCCUCAAAGGUGGAGAGAAAAAGAAGAAACACAAAUCAGGCACAAAGAGAUGUAAGCAGUGAGGCAGAUACAGAAUGGUACCCAGUAAAAACGGCGGGGAUUAAAAUAAGUAAAUAGUUUUAUAUUUUGCUGAAGAUUUACGCGUAAAUUAAUAUCCAUAUUUUACUGGGUCGAAAAGGUUUGUUUUUUUUGUGGGUGUUUUGCAUUUUCCCACAUUGCCAGUGUGGAAAAUGUAAAAAUGUAAAAAAACAAAACUUUUUUUUUUUACAAUGAAUUAAUUAUAAUGAUAAUGACGUUUAUUAUUGGGAUGUUUCUUAGCAAACUGUAUAGCUUUUUGCAAAAUGUAAUGAUAAAAUAGAUGUUCACGGCAUAUAAUUUAUUGGAAAAGAAACAAUCAUGAUAGUAAUGUAAUUAUUUUUGGUUGAAUUAUAGCCACUAAUUUUUUUUAAGAAAUUUAUCCAGUAUCAGGAUGUUCAUUACGAAUCUUUGUAUAUAUUGAUUUCGUAUGGGAUGUUUCUUAUUCAACUUUAGAGCUUUUAGCCAAAUAUUUGUUUAAAAAGGAAAACUGUAAAAAUUUUUUGGAAAAGUGGCCUUCAUGUUAGUUUAGGGUGUUUCUUACCAACCUGUAAAUAUUUUUAGUUGAAUUAUAGCGUUUAGUUAGGACUUUUUAUAUGGGAUCUAUCCUGUAUCAGGAUAAUCAGUCAUCACCAAUCUCUUUAUACAUGUAUAUUUAUUUCGUCAUUUGGAUGUUUCCUCUCAAAAUGUAGCGGUUUUAGCUGAAAAUAUUAAAAACAGU